AUGGAAACCUCAACAUGGACACUGCCUUCGCUGAUGAGCUUGAUGUCACUGUCGCCUUGUGCAGGUGAAGCUCCUUCCGUUCAUUCCGGGGACAGCACCGCAGAGAUGGUUGUCCGCGCUGCCACAGCCAUGCCGGAAGCUCCCAUGUCGUUGAGCAAGAUUGUGCAGGCAGAAAUUGAGGAUGAAACGAUCCGCCUGGCUGUCCUCAUGGUGUCCGGUCGGGCCUUGGUUCUGCAGGCCCGGACUUUGCAAACCGUCGCGGAGCUGAAGAGCGACAUUGAGACCAAAGAACGCAUACCAGUCCAGGAGCAGUCGCUGCUCUUUCAAGAUGAGAUUCUCCAGAACUCCCGAAAGCUCCAUGAAUAUGGACUCCGACACGAUUCUUGCAUCAGCUUAGUUCGAGUCCAGCCGAUGGAGCUGAAGAUCAUGACGGCACGAGUCAAGUGGAACAUCCGAGUACAGCCACAGGCACCUGGGGCAUUGAAACGAACAUUGUCCUCAAUUGUGUGGCUCUCAUGA